AUGUGGAUUGAAAUUGAUCAUCACAAAAUAAUUCGUCUCAUGAAUUCUCUUCAGCUCUGUCUUCUUCCUUGCCUUGUAAUCCUUUCGAUUGCCAGAAUCAAAGGACAGACUUACUUCUGUUCCCCUACAACUUAUGCCCAGAAAAGCACGUUUCAGACAAACGUGAAUCACUUACUCCCUUCCCUUUCCUCCAACACCAAUCAAAGUGAUGGAUUUUACAACACCACCGUCUCCGGGCAAGGAAACAACUCCAACGACACCGUCUACGGCAUGUUCCAGUGCCUCGGCGAUGCCACCGUCCAGACCUGUCAAAAAUGUGUUUCCGACGGGAUCAAAGACAUCCUUCAGAGAUGCCCCAAUAAUACAGGAGCCGUCGGGUGGUACGACAAGUGCUGGUUACAUUACUCCGACCAGUAUUUCUUCUCCAAAAUGGAAGAAGAACCCCAGAGGAUUGUUGUUAACACCCGCAAUGCAACGGACACGAAUAGCUUUAUGAAUCGUUUGGGAGAAACCUUGAGAGUGGUUGCCAAAAAAGCGUCGGAAGGCGGAAGCAAAAAAUUUGCGACAAAAGAAGCAAACUAUACUUCUUUUGAAACUCUGCACACUAUGGCGCAGUGCACGCCGGAUAUAUCUGAGAUUGAUUGUCUCAACUGUCUCGGUAACAGUAUUAGCAAUUUGCCUUAUUGCUGUAAUGGAAAUGUCGGCGGAGUAACCCUCAAGCCCAGUUGCUAUUUAAGGUAUGAAAUGUACGCCUUUUACCAGGAAGCGCCUCCGCCGCCUGCUCCUUCGCCGGAAUCCACUUCUAAAGGCAGGAUUUCAGCUGGGAUAAUUAUUGCCAUAGCUGUUCCAACAGUGACAUUCAUAUUGCUCUGCUUCUGGUGCUUAAAAAGGAGAGCAAGGAAAUAUGCUUCAGUUCCUAAACAAAGUGUUGACAUUUCAAGCGUAGAAUCCCUACAAUUUGAUUUGGAUACCAUCAAAACAGCCACAAAUGACUUCUCUCCUGACAAUAGACUUGGUCAAGGAGGAUUUGGUGAGGUUUACAAGGGUGUUCUACCUGGUGGACAAGAGUUAGCCGUAAAAAGACUAUCAAGCGGAUCAAAACAAGGUAUGGGAGAAUUUAAGAACGAAGUUAUUACAAUGGCAAAGCUUCAACAUAGAAAUCUCGUAAGGUUACUUGGAUUUUGUUUGGACGAAGAAGAAAAGAUACUCGUAUAUGAAUUUUUGCCCAACAGAAGCUUGGAUAAUUUUUUGUUUGGACUUGAAAACCAGGGUAAAUUGAAUUGGUCAAGGCGUUACAAGAUUAUCGUAGGCAUUACAAGAGGGAUGCUUUAUCUUCAUGAAGAUUCUCGACUAAAAAUCAUACAUCGUGAUCUCAAAGCUAGUAAUGUAUUGUUGGAUGAAGAUUUGAAUCCAAAAAUCUCUGACUUUGGUAUGGCUAGAAUUUUUGGAGUCGAUCAAACGCAAGCAAGCACAAGCAGAGUUGUCGGCACCUUUGGAUAUAUGGCUCCAGAAUAUGCAAUGCAUGGUCAUAUUUCAAUCAAAUCUGAUAUAUAUAGUUUUGGUGUCCUGAUUUUGGAGAUUAUUAGCGGCAAGAAGAAUACAUCUUUCUAUAUUUCAAGCUAUGCUGAAGACCUACUAAGCUAUGCCUGGAGGCUGUGGAGGGAAGGGAGGCCAUUGGAAUUGCUGGAUCCUAGUUUAAGAGAUUCUUGUUCGAGAAAUGAAGUUAUUAAAUGCAUCCAUAUGAGCUUGUUAUGUAUUCAGGAAAACCCAGCUCUGAGACCUACAAUACAGUCUAUUAUGGUGAUGCUAAGCAGUCACUCCGUCACAUUGUCGGAUCCUCAGGAGCCAGCAUUUUUUGUUGGUCGCCAUAGAACAGAUGCAAACAAUCCAGCCAUUUAUGAAAAUAUUUCAGAUCAAUCUACCAGCAAGUCUGCGCAGUGGUCUGUAGAUAAAGAUCCGAUUACUGAUUUCUACCCUCGCUAGUACCCUUGUGUAUUACUUAAAUGCUCAUCAACUCAGUAAUGUAUAUGUCAAACAUCGA